AUGGCCUCAACGUCCAAUCUCGAUGGAGCACCUCCAUCAUCUGUCAUGGAUGCCGUUCUUGUCCCUUCAAACGAAAUGCCGGUUGAUGCACAAAAAGUCGAAGAACUUGACUUCAAUAAGUUCGCUGGUCGUCCCAUUACCGUUGACGACCUUUUGACUGGUAUGAAUAAUAUGGGAUUCCAAGCAAGUUCCAUUGGUGAAGCUGUCCGAAUAAUCAACGAUAUGCGCGCAUGGCGUGAUCCAGAAACCUCAGAUCGAACUACCAUCUUUCUAGGCUAUACUUCCAAUCUAAUCUCAAGUGGACUCCGUGGCACUCUUCGCUACCUCGUCCAACACCGCCACGUUUCUGCAAUCGUCACCACUGCUGGCGGCGUCGAAGAAGACAUCAUCAAAUGCCUUGGCCCCACCUUCAUUGGUUCAUUCUCUACCCCUGGCGCUGAGCUACGCGCCAAAGGUCAAAAUCGCAUUGGAAAUCUGAUUGUGCCCAAUAACAACUACUGCGCAUUUGAAGAUUGGCUCAUGCCCAUUCUCGACACCAUGCUUUCCGAGCAAGAAGAAUCGAAAAAAGAUCCCGAUGCUGACAACCACAUCCACUGGACCCCCAGCAAGAUUAUCCGAAGAUUGGGAAAGGAGAUUAACAAUGAAGAGUCUGUACUCUACUGGGCCUACAAGAAUGACAUCCCUAUCUUCUCUCCAGCACUUACCGAUGGCUCCUUGGGCGAUAUGCUUUACUUCCACACAUUCAAAUCAUCUCCCGCGCAACUCCGCGUGGAUCUCGUCGAAGAUAUCCGGAAAAUCAACACCAUGGCCGUGCGAGCCAAACGAGCAGGAAUGAUUAUUCUAGGUGGAGGUGUAGUCAAACAUCACAUUGCAAAUGCAUGUCUGAUGAGGAACGGAGCCGAGAGCGCAGUGUACAUCAAUACAGCGCAGGAAUUUGAUGGAAGUGAUGCGGGAGCCAGACCAGAUGAAGCGGUCAGUUGGGGAAAGAUUAAGGUUGGCGCUGAUAGUGUCAAGGUUUAUGUGGAAGCAACUGCUUGUUUCCCACUGAUAGUGGCAGGUACCUUUGCAAAGGAUCAAGAGAACACUGAUUCUCAAGCACCUUAA